CUCGCAUUCAUGUGAGUCUUUCAAGUCUCAACUCUGAAAUUGGCAUAGUUCCACGAAACCCAACCACAACUCGCCACGUCAUCACACCCAAACACGGCGACCCACACCGCAAAGCAACCCUCGUUUCUUUCCCCCCUCCUCCUCCUCCUCCUCCUCCAUUCUCAUCAUUUUCUCAUCUCUUUCACUUCCAUUUAUUUAUUAUUGCCACCACUCUCUCUCUCUCUCUCUCUCUCUGUAACCAUAACCAUGACAGACACUAUCGAACCUUCCACGUCAUGUGGGAGCACCAUGAUUCACCCCAGACGCGAGCCAUUCGAGCACGGUCUCUUACCAAUCCCAAAGCUCAUCUUCUCCGACCCAACACAAUCCCUAAUCUCAUUGAAACAGAAGCUUCUCGAAUCUUCCUCUAACCACCGAGUCGACUCAUCCACAAUCUCCGAUUCCCUCCAGAUCUCCUCCGACCACGCUAACCUCCUCCUCGAUACUCUCGCUUCCGUUCACCACUCCGACUCAGAACCUCUUGUUCGAGCUGAACCUGGCCAAAACGACGCCGUUGGUGCCGAUGUUCACGAUCUGGUUUUGCUUCUCUAUAUUCAAUCUUACAAAAGGUUGCUUCCUCGUUCUCAUAAGGAUUCUGCUUCUGUUGCUGAUGUUUGGCCUUCUACUUCUGCUUUUGAUGGUUACUUCUCUGCUCUUUCUCCUCUUCAGCUUAUGCGCAGCAAUAGUCGGCGUUUUAUGCCAUCACAAGCUGAUGAAGAGGCACAUCAGUUAUCGUAUCUGCAAAAGCACCUUGCCAACAUUCUAUCUCUUCUAGCAGAGCCAGGGGAGGGUGAAGGAGAAGGCGAAGAAUCACAGGUUUUAACUAUGGAUAGAUUUGAGCACCUUGGGUUCCUGGUUCAGUUUGGUGAUAAGGCUGAAGGAAAUUGUUUGAGUCAAUCAUCUCCUUUUUUUGCAAAUUCGGAUCCUGACAUGCCUGCGGUUCCCGUUCCUGUUACGCAAGUUCGUGAUUGGCUUAUGCAAAACAUAACUUCUGCUUUGGAAAAUAUUUCUGAAAGGACUUCUGCAAAGGAAAAUGGGUCAGCCAGUGCCACUGAUCAGGAUGUUGCUAUGAUCGAUGCAUGCACUGUCUCGGUAAAGUCCUCAGCAAGUACCAGGGAUUCAUGUUUCAUUGAAGGGAUCUCUAAAUCAUCUUAUGUGAAGCAAGCAUCUGACAUUAAAGGUUCCACUGUUAAGGUUCUAAAUUGCCAAGAGUCUACCAUCUAUGUCUUAGCACCUUUGAGAUAUGCCAUUGUCUAUGGAUGCUCAGAUGCUACAAUAGUUCUUGGAGCAGUUGGCAAGGCUGUGAGAAUAGAACACUGUGAACGUGUUCAUGUGAUUGUGGCCGCAAAACGUAUUUGUAUUGCCAACUGCCGUGAAUGUGUUUUCUUUUUGGGAGUGAACCAGCAACCUCUUAUGAUUGGUGAUAACCAUAAACUGCAGGUGGCACCAUAUAAUACAUGUUACCCCCAGUUGGAGAAGCACAUGAGUGAAGUUGGAAUUCUACCCACAGUGAACAGAUGGGAUGAAGCUCUGGCUUUGAGCAUGCUUGAUCCUCAUGAUUCACUAUCUCAUCCAGCCGGUGUCUCUGAUGUUCAAGCUGAGUCUGCUACACGCAUGGACCCCGAUCAAUUCACAAAUUUUGUGAUUCCAAACUGGCUUGCAGAAGAGUCCACUGGAUCUACAAAUGACAACCCAUUUGCAUUACCAGAUGCGUAUGCGGCAUCUCAACAUAAAAAUCAAAACAAUUUAGGGGAUAUAAGGAAACUAAUACAGGAAGCUUCUUUAGAAGAGAGUCGGAAACGAGAAUUGUCGUCCGUGCUUCACGUGUGCUUCAAGGACUGGUUAUAUGCUUCGGGGAAUAUUCGUCAACUUUACUUUCUGCAAGCGGAGGAUAUAUGAUAUAGCACAGUUAAUGACAUUAAAGGGCAAAGGUUUUUGGUUUCCUUUUUUAUUCAAUUUCGCUUGCCAAUUGCAUUGGUCGCCCAGGUAGCUGAGAUCAGAUGUCACGAAUUAGAGUUCCUUAUGCAGUCAGAUGACUCUGCACAGAGAUGGAACAAAAAUACAAUCGGUAAUCUGAUUGUAAUGAUUUUUUGUGAAAUAAUUUCUGUAAUAUUUUGUUAUUCUAAAUUAGUGGCCUUUUAAAAAAAGAAAAAUCACUCCAAUAUCUAAACUAUAAAGUACUAGAUUUUUGGGUUUUCAACUUUGCCCCCAUAUAUUGUCAAGAAAAGAAUGAACAAAUAUUUUGCAUUUGUAAAA